AUGAGUGGCCAUUAUUCUGGACGGUCUGCCAGUGCAUCGCCAGUUCCUCCUCAACGGAAUCGCCGGUUCCUAACGGGUGUCUCGUGUGAUAACGCCAUAUAUGGCUGCUCUGCGCGACUGUCAUCACCGGAGGAGCGGAUUAUCCACAAAGACUUGUGUGACUUUGAGCCCAAUUCGUGCGUCAAAUGUAUUGAGUGCCACAAAGAGAUGAAGAGAUCGCAACUCAGACGUCAUAAUUGUAUCGAAGAGUUGAGAGCCGCUGUCGAAGAGCUCAAAGAUAUUAUCACCGCUUUGGAGGCAAAAGUGAAUCAACAGUCGAUUCACUUGAAUGAAGCCAAACAGAUAUUGGAUGCGUCGCCGCAUCAGAUCCUAACCCACAGACAGCUUAAGGAGAAGUGGAUUGAGAGCUACGAUAGAGAUAAUGACCCCAAACGAGAGGUGGUCUUUGAAUCAGAACCAGACCUCACUUUUAAAGAAGUGAGACAUUUGUCAGGUCUGAGUGAUACACAAGUGUUACCAGAAGUGAAUGCUUACAAGCGGUACGACAAACAGAUGGCCACAGAUGUGGACGACUUUGGGAUAUUUUGA